AUGAUUAAAAUCUCAAAUAAGUUAAAUAGUAGGGCGAGAGUGGGGCAGCCUGCAAGAGGUCCGGCUGAGACUUUACGAUCGAUUUGUGCUUCGAGCCAGCCUACUGCCAACAGGUCAACGCAACAAACCGAUGCCAUUCUUCCAUCCAAAGUCGAUGAAUUGGAUUUGCAAGAAACCCAUCACGUGGUGUCCAGGAAAGAGCUAACGAGUAGCUACGGAAACGGACAACCACCAGCGAUGGAGAAUCUUUCGUUGCUAUUGACUUCACACAUCGCGAAAGCCCGUAACCGAAAAGGUCAAGUUCCUGAAGGGAGCAUGGAACCUUUGGCAACAACCAUUCGUUUCAUCACGCUGAACUGCCGAACACUAUCGAGGGAACCCCAACAAGCCGCCCUGUCUAUUCUUUUGCGAUAUCUCUGUGUGCCUUUUGCUGCACUGCAGGAGACACGCAUGAGAGAUCGGCCCAUCAUCAGCAUCGAAAAUUACACCAUAUGCUGCGGCGAUGCUGAUGAGAAAAAAUGCGCCUUUGUACGACUGGAUCACAGAGGACGUAAACUCUGGAUCGUAAGUGCUCAAACACCUAUGGAAACCGCUGAGGACAACAACGCAAAUGCGAAAAUGGGACUCGAACAGCAAACCGAUGUGCUAGGAAAAUGGUAUUAUCCAGCGGAGCGCACGUCGGAGAAUGAGCAUUAUCCUGGACCACUCAUUAAACAUCGCGAAGAAACAACGCGCGAUGAGCAAGCUGGCUUCCGUCCUGGUCGAUCUACGAUUGACCAGGUGUUCAUCGUCAGGAGAUUGAUCGAAAUCUGGCAGCGGUAUUCGAAUCCAAUGCAUAUAGCGUUUCUGAACUUUGCCGCGUUCGACUCUCUUCACCGAUGCCGUCUUCUCAACGCACUCCGCGCCGAUGGAAUACCAGGAGAGUUCGUUCGCUUGCUUGAUGACAUGAAUCAACGAACAACUGCUGCAGUUCGAACACCAGCUUGA